CGUUGGCAUCAGCGUGCUGAAUGAAUUCGAAAGCCAGCCCGUCUCAGCGCAUGGUCCCUUCACAUCUUCUUUUUAGUACUGAUCGGAGAACGGUCCAACUUGGGCUUUCUAGUACACAACUAUCUCUACCUUUUAUCCCUAAGCGACCUACCUCAUCAUAACUUUGAGCCUUCAGGACGCUAUCACCCUGAAUUUUGAAAUGCCACAAAUGAAUCAAUUCAUGGCCUCUCUGUACUGGCCGUACUUGGUUGCGAGUGGUGUGGUUCUGGUUUCGACCGUGGCCAUCUACCGGUUGUUCUUCCACCCGCUUGCCGGGUUCCCAGGACCAAAGCUUGCAGCUGUAACGCGAAGCUAUGAAGCAUACUAUGAUGUGGUCUGCAAUGGCCAGUAUACAUUCAAAAUCGCGGAGAUGCACAAAAAAUAUGGGCCUAUCGUCCGUAUCAGUCCAUAUGAGCUUCAUAUCAGCGAUCCCGACUUUUACGACAAGAUAUAUAGCCGUGAAGGAGAGUGGGAUAAAUACGCGUGGGCUUACGAUGCGUUCGGCGCUCCCCUAUCGACUAUUUGCGCUAUUGAUCAUAACAUACACAAACAUCGACGAGCUGCGGUCAAUCCUUUCUUCUCCAAAGCUACCGUAGCCGCUAAGUCGGACAUCAUUUCUCGCCUCGUCGAGCAGCUUUGUACUCGUAUAGACGAGUUCGCUGAUGAGUCUAGCAUGACGAAGCUCAGUCUCAGUGCUGCAAUUAGCGCGCUUACACGGGAUGUUGCUACCGAGUUCAUAUUGGGAAAAAGGUAUAAGAAUCUUGAGGUUCAAGACUUUAACCAAAGUCUAGCAAUCAUACUCCAGAAUUCGGGAAGUCUCUGGCGUAUAACGAAACAUCUGCGCUGGUAUGGUCCGCUUAUGCAAUCAAUACCCAUGUGGUUAGUGGAACGGACAGCCGACCAGGGAGUUCGGAAUUUCUUCGACUUUCUCAAAGAUAUGGUAGGCAUCUGCUCGACAAUAGAUUCGGCGUUAGCGAGUGGAAAGCCAGACCCCGACGACCCCAAAACCAUAAUUCACCAGAUCUUGGACUCUAAUCUUCCUAAAGAAGAAAAGAGUUUCAAGCGUAUUUGCGAUGAUGUCGAAACUAUAACAGGUGCCGCCUUCGAGACAACGGCAAAUAGCAUCCGCAUGACACUUUAUCAUAUAUACAGUGACCCUGAGGUUGUUGAUCGACUCAGGGCUGAACUCAAUUCUGCACGACAAGGCAACCGGGAAUCUAGACUGGGCAUUUCUAGCCUUGAACAGCUGCCUUACCUGACUGCAGUCUUGCUAGAAGGUUUACGAAUUAGCCCAGCGACAGCCACAAGGGCAAACCGAGUAGCAUCUAACCGGGAACUAUCUUUCGGGGGCCGACGUAUCCCUGCAAAGACCCCCGUGGGAAUGACUACGUAUUUGAUGCACCGCGAUCCAAAUAUAUACCCAGACCCCGAAGAAUUCAAACCUCAAAGAUGGUUGGACUUACAAGAGCGCUGGAGACUAGAGAAGUUCUAUGCCCCCUUUUCGAAGGGACCGAGAAACUGUCUUGGGAUGCAUUUAGCGUGGGCAGAACUGUACAUGACAGUCGCUGCAGUUGUAGAGCGUUUUGAUCUCACCUUUGGUAGUUCGGCACUUGACGACCUUAGGUGUACAAGUGAUCAGUUUAUCAUUGGGACCUCUGGUAGGAAUGGACUCCCAGUGGCUGUUCGAAGAGUCAAAGGGUAGUGUACGAGAAAGCUACUAGAUGUCCAAUGAGGACAAGAGGCUACAUUUUAAAGUAAUCACUGAUAAGAUUCUAAGAUGGUUUUUCGUUGUUUCUCGGACGUAGGUGGGACUCACGGCCCCUGCAGUGCGCACGAGGGAUUAAAUUAAGGUAGUAUUAAGUGCUUUAGCUAGCUAGAUUCUAUUUAAAGAACAAUUAAGCAGUAGUUAUAUAAAAUAUCAAGGUAAUAUUAAGUGCUAUAGCUAAUUCAGUUCUAUUGAAGGAGCGAUUAAGGGGUAUAUAGAAUAUAUACGUAAUCUUCGGACCCUAAUUUACC